ACGAGCACUAUCAUGCCUGAACCAGCCAAACCCGCGCCCAAGAAGGGCUCUAAGAAGGCCGUCACCAAGACCGCCGUUAAGGGAGGAAAGAAGCGCAGAAAGUCCAGGAAGGAGAGUUACGCCAUCUACGUGUACAAAGUGCUCAAGCAGGUCCACCCCGACACCGGCAUCUCUUCCAAGGCGAUGGGCAUCAUGAACUCUUUCGUCAACGACAUCUUCGAGCGCAUCGCCGGUGAGUCGUCUCGUCUCGCGCACUACAACAAGCGCUCCACCAUCACGUCGAGAGAGAUCCAGACCGCCGUGCGUCUGCUGCUGCCCGGUGAACUCGCCAAACACGCCGUGUCCGAGGGCACCAAAGCCGUCACCAAGUACACCAGCUCCAAGUAAAGCGCCGCUUUC